AUGAGUUCAAUUAAAACUAGUCCAACCAAAAAGACAUCUGAAUCAACCACUAAGCAAGAGGCCGGUGAUGACCAAACCAAUAUAGAAAACUUUGAUGAAGAGCCAUCGAUGCUCUCGGAUCCUGAAGAUUAUUUAGAGGAGAAUGAAACAUUGGAUAUGAAUCUCUCCAAAGGGGAUCAAAAAGUGUGGUUAGUCAAACUACCAAAGUAUUUAAUGGAUGAAUGGUCCAAUCCCGAAUCAAUGAACGGACAACAUUUGGGUAAUGUGAAGAUAAAGAAGGAUGCACGGGGUAAAUUACAGGUGAAAUUGGUAUUGGACAAUAACAAAAACGAGAAAAUCCCAAAAGAGUAUGAUAUCAGAAUGCUAAACACUCAAGUACGCAAUUCGUAUGUGUUUACUGAAGAGAACUUGAAAAAGUUUAAGCAAGAAUUGACUGAAGUUUCAGAUAUGCCGGAACAACCACAACUAAAAGAUUUGAAUCCAGAAAAGAAGAAAUUCCAAGUAAGACGAAAGUUCAAGUACUUUAGGGUGCAGAAAGAGGGCGAGAAUGGCCAACCAGUUAAGAAGUACAUUCCCUUUGUUAAAACAAUCCCAAAAAAGACAAGCUUAAUGGGUAAAGUGUGUCAUGAUUGCACGGUGGUGCCAGCAAGGACGGCCCUGAACCAUGGUGAAACGCUAAUGAAACGCCAGAAUAUGAUUCAAGGGAAGGAACGACCAAAAGUCACUUUGUUGAAUGAGAUUCCUGGGGUCAUUCAAUCAAACGCAGGUCCAUCUAUCAAAGGAAAUACUGCCUCUAUAUUCUUGAAAUCGACCCAAGGUAAAAACAAAAAUGAAGGCAGAGCCAUCAGAAUGCCCAAGAAGGAUUUAUUGGAUUUGUUAUUUAGAUUGUUUGAAGAAUAUGAGUACUGGUCAAUGAAAGGGUUAAAGGAAAGAACAAGACAGCCUGAAUCGUACUUGAAGGAGUCGUUAGAGUCGAUUGCUACUUUAAUUAAGAGAGGGCCAUACACAUCAAAGUAUACGUUAAAGCCUGAAUAUAGAAGAUUAAGAGAUGCCGAACGAGCCGUUAGACUAGGCUUGGAUAAUGAUGACGAACAAAAUAAAGAAAAUAACGAAGACGAAGAUGAGGAUGAAGAAAUGGAAGAUGUAGUAUAA